GGUCUGCCACCGAAUGUUAUUGCAACUAUUCAGAGUGCCAGAGCUCCAUCUACGAGAUCUGUGUACGAUAUGAAGUGGAGGGCGUUUGAGAGAUGGUGUGUUCAGAAGGGCGUUAUCCCCUUUCAGUGUUCUAUCACCCAUGUACUUACGUUCCUUCAGGAAUUAUUCGAGAAGGGACUGGCCUAUUCUACACUUAAGGUCUACCUGUCAGCGAUUUCAGCAUGCCAUGUAGGCUACGAUGGUGUAUCUCCGGGAGCGCACCCCCUGGCUAACAGAUUUCUGAAGGGCGCUCGACGCCUUCGACCUGCUGUGCGCUCGACCGUUCCCUCUUGGGACCUCUCCUUGGUGCUGAACGCGCUCUCCCAAGCCCCGUUCGAGCCCCUACAGACUGCAAGCAUUAAGGUCCUCUCGUACAAAACUGCCCUCUUGCUGGCCCUUGUCUCAGCUAAAAGGGUGAGCGAGAUCACUGCUCUCUCUAUACACCCCUCCUGUAUGGAAUUCAGUGCGGAUAAUAAUAAUGUCACGCUUCGGCCCAAUGUAGCGUUUAUUCCUAAAGUGUCUAUGUUGUACGGCAGCUGCGAUCUGCAACUGACGUCUUUCAACCCCCCUCCUUUCUCCUCGCAGGAACAGGAGAGGUUACAUUACCUCUGCCCGGUCCGGGCAUUACGCUUGUACAUGGACAAAACUUCUUCAUUCAGGCGUACCGACCAACUAUUUGUUUGCUUUGCAACUAAUUCUAAGGGACAGGCGCUCUCGACACAGAGGCUGUCCCAUUGGAUUGUUGAUGUGAUUGCAAUGGCCUAUCGGGCCUCGGGGAAAGACCCCCCUGCUCUCAGAGCUCACUCUACGAGAGGUGUCGCCGCGUCUUGGGCCGCAUUUAGAGGAGUGCCUGUCCAGACUGUUUGCGCUGCUGCGGGUUGGGUUUCACCGCACACCUUCGUAAAACACUAUCGCCUUGAUGUUACAGCGUCCACGGUGGCUCACGCUGUCCUUGAGGCGGGGGGAUCAAGACCUGUGUGAACUGCUUUGCACUUUCAGCGUGGUUUUUCACUCCCGUUAUUUUUUACUGGUUGGGAAUGAGCAUUCAGGGGCGUAUUUAAAACUCCCAUAGAGUCACAGUCUGUG